AUGCAUGCCAAGGUGGUCCCAAUGCUCUGGGGAUGUUUUCUCCUGUGGAAUGUCUACAUCUCCUCCUCUGAGGCUGCUUACCCUGGAAUCAAGGCCAGGAUUACGCAGCGGGCUCUGGACUAUGGUGUCCGAGCUGGGUUGGAGAUGAUGGAGCAAAUGCUCAAGGAAAGAAACAUCCCAGACUUAAAAGGCUCGGAAUCCCUGGAAUUUCUGAAGGUUGACUAUGUGGACUACAAUUUUUCAAACAUAUCAAUCAACGCCUUUUCGUUUCCAAACACUUCAUUGUCCUUCGUGCCCGGGGUGGGAAUCAGAGUCCUGACCAACCAUGGCACUGCCAACAUCAGCACCGACUGGGAAUUCAAGUCUCCACUCUUCCAAGAUUUUGGAGGGGCUGAUCUGUUCCUCUCUGGGGUCUUCUUCUCGGGCAUUGUUGUCCUGACCCGGAAUGACUUUGGCCACCCAAUCCUGAUGCUCCAGGACUGCCACGCCCAAGUGAGCCAUGCCCACGUCACAUUUUCCGGAGAGCUCAGUGUCCUGUAUAACUCCUUUGCUGAACCCAUGGAGAAGCCCAUUUUAAGGAAUUUAAAUGAAAUGCUGUGCCCCAUCGUCACCAGUGAGGUGGAAGCCCUGAAUGCCAACCUCAGCAUGCUGGAAGUGUUAACCAAGAUUGACAACUAUACUAUACUGGAUUAUUCCCUAAUCAGUUUUCCAGAAGUUACUGAGAAUUACAUGGAUCUGAAUUUGAAGGGGGUCUUCUACCCACUGCAAAACCUCUCUGAUCCGCCCUUCUCCCCAGCCCCCUUGAUGCUUCCAGAACUCACUAAUUCAAUGCUCUACAUUGCAAUCUCUGAGUAUUUCCUGAAGUCUGCGUCCUUCGCUCACUUUGCAGCAGGGGCCUUCAACGUCACCCUAUCCACGGAAGAGAUUUCCAAGCACUUGGCUCCGAAUUCUCCAGGCAUUGGCAACAUGCUCUCCUGGAUCGCUGAGAGCUACAUCUUGUCACAGCCUGUCAUGAUGCGGAUCAUGGCCACGGAGCCUCCCGUUGUCCAUUUGCUACCGGGCAACUUCACCCUGGACAUCCCGGCCUCCAUCAUGAUUCUCACCAAGACUGAGAACUCGACCACAGAAAACAUUGUCUCCAUGGACUUUGUUGCCAGCACCAGUGUGGGCCUCGUCAUCUUGGGACAAAAAUUGAUCUGCUCCCUGUCUCUGAACAGAUUCCGCCUUUCUCUGCCAGAGAUUGAUCGCAGCAAUAUUGAGGUCCUGAGGUUCGAGAACAUUCUGUCCUCUAUUCUACACUUCGGCGUCCUCCCACUGGCCAAUGCCAAAUUGCAGCAAGGAAUUCCCCUGCCCAACCCAUACAAUAUCUCCCUGACCAAAUCGGAGAUUGAAGUUCUUGAGGGUUUCCUUUUGAUUUCCACUGACCUGAAGUAUGAAACGUCCUUGAAGCAACAGCCGAGUUUCUAUGGCUGGGAAGGUCUACCCCUGUUUCAUGAGUUGUGGAGGAAGAAGCCAGCACCCUACUAG